GUAUUGUAUUGCUCCUCAGCCCUGGGACGCUUUCAGAAGGUCCCAGAAAACAACUUGGGCUAAAAUCCGGAAUACACUAUCGGGAUCGGGAGUUGCGCAUGCAAAUCCUGGGCCCAUCGUGCAUUCCACUCUACCGUGUCCUUUGUGAUCAAAACUUCGAAACAGCAUUUCGAUCUUUGAUUCAAGGUACUCUCAUACCCUUUGUUUUCACUCACCCUCUAAACUUGUCAUCGGUUGUAGUCCAUCACAUGCUGUACAAAAGUGCUGGGAUCCUCCAUUGCAACCUCAACACAAGUAGUUUGAUGGUUUCCAAAGACUCGCUGACUUGUGGGAUCCUAUUGGAUCUUGACUUUGCGCUCCAGGUUCAGGAUGGAGAUGAAGCAUUGUUACCCGAGCCCACCCUUUCUGGCACCCUACCCUUCCUUUCCAUGGACCUUUUGACAACCACAGGACCCCCCCCUCCAAGGUUGUAUAGGCAUGAUCUUGAAUCCUUCUUCUACAUCCUUGGUUGGAUGCUUUGCCGCUACGAUGCAAGUGGAGAAUGUAAGCUACAGCAUCAGUUUGCGGUGUGGCAUAGAGGGCCUCUGGACGACAUCAUUUCGGCAAAAUGGAGGUUUAUGAGAGUACCCAGCCAUAUCCCAUCAGAGAGAUCUUCGCCUUCGCUACAGAAGUGGUUACGAAACUUGUGUAGGAUUUUCAACACCGGCUAUCAAGAGAAGGAUCGUGACUUGCAAAACCCACUCUUCAAUCAUGAAACGUUGGGGGGUUAUGUCACGUUUGACAGAUUCAUGGGUGCCGCUCGACAGAUGACCUCGUGAAUGUGCGCACCGAUAUCCUCCCACAUACUGAUGGACAAUACGCUCGAGUGUUAUACUCAUGAUAUUUCUCUCCGAUGUACAGUGGCAUGUAACUAGGUUUGCUGCGAGAAACCAAAGGAAAGUCUCAACGCGAGCAGUUGGGAAGGUCAUGCUUUAAGGCCGGAAGAAUGCGAGGAAAUCGCUGAAUGAGGUCACCGCUGCGUAGGGAAAAGUGUCAUUCUAUGGAACAGCCCAAACGGGAAUACGGGAUGAGUUCAGCGAUGCGGGAAAGCCAGAUCCAGUUACGAGCACAUAAACAACUAGAUGCGUGUGGAAUGCAACACAGUGUAUUGCUUGUGUUACCUCCAAAAGCGACGCUAGCCCUUAGUUGG